AUGGCCAGAAAAUUUCUCUUGGGUGCUGCUGCUGUUGGCGCCGGUGUGUAUCUCUACGACCAGAACGUGCAGCCCAUUUUCCCCAGAGACAAUAAGGGAAACGCCAUUGGGGUGUCGCAAGCCGCACCUCCAAAGGAAUUGAAGGACGACUUCCACAAGCUAGGCGAAGACACCAAGGACUUGGGCUCGCAGCUCAAAAAAACGGUCAACAGCUCCGUGUCGGACGUUCGCCACAAAACGGACGAUGCCGUUUCUUCCAUCAAAGACAGCGAGAUGUACAACAAGUGGUCGCAGAAAUUGGACAACUACCAGAAAGACGUCCAAACAGAGGCGGAGGCCAUCAACAACAAGCCCUUGCCCAACAGAUUGGCUGCAAAGUACCACAAUUUCGUCAACUCGCUUGGCCAGACCGAGGAUGAGAAGUUGAAGGAGUUGGCCUCUUCCACGUCUGCCAGGCAACAGGAGAUCAAGAAGGACUUGGCCCGCGAACAGCAGUCGUGGUCCUCCUGGUGGUCGGGCAAAAAGAACGACGCCGAAAACAAAAAGGACGAGUUGACAUCCGCCGCCGAGAAGGAAAAGAACUCCUGGUUCAAGUGGGGCCAGAAGGAGGCGGACAACGCCGAGGCCAAGCUCCAGAAGGAGAAGAGUUCUUGGGUGAACUGGGCCGACGACAAGUCGGACGAAGCCAAGAAGACGGCCGAAGACGCCAAGAAGGAGAAAAACAAGUGGGUCAGCUGGGGUUCCACGAAGGCCGACGAGGCCGAAAGGGCUGCCAAAGACGCACAGAACGACUUGGAGGCCAAGAAGAACGGGUGGGUCAACUGGGGCUCUGCCAAGGCCGACGAGGCGCAGCAGCGUGCCCGGGAGGGCCACAACGACUUGCGGGCCACACUCAAUGACCAGUCCCAGCACUUGAGUGAGAACUACGAGCAGGCCAAGAACAAGGCGCUCGAAGACUACGAGGCUGCCAGGAAGAACUUGGAGAACUGGUCGCAGCAGGCCAAGGAAAAGGCCAACGGUGUUUGGAGCAGAGCAGACGAGGAGCAUUUGAAGAGAGCCGGCGACGACUUCCAGAGUGCGUUUGGCAACUUGAAGCGGUUCGGCGAGGAGUUGACCUCCAGGAAGUAG